AUGCAGAGUGGAGGGCGAGGGGCCCCCUGCCCAUGGGGGUGGGGGCCCCCCGACCCUAUGAACGAGACCUUCGGGGGGUCUUUAAGCGAAGAGAAUACGGGGGAGCGGGGUAGCUCUGUGGGUUCUCCCCGUGGAUCUCCUGUUGCUGCAGCAGCAGACAAAGCAGCAGCAGCAGCAGGAGGAGCAGCAGGAGCAGCAGCAGCAGCAGCAGGAGAUAAAGAGGGUGCUGUACCCUUCAUCCGUAGCGACAGCAGAGAGAGGGGCCCCUCUGCUUCGUCAGAAAGGGGGCCCCCCUCCUCCCUGCCUCUACACUCCCGUUUAGGGGACCUAAGAAGGAGACUACAGAGCAAGCGAGCUGAGCCUGUGGCUCAGCAGCAGUAA